AUGUUUUUCAAUGCUUGUAUCGGCCGUCUUGACAAUGUUUGUGAUGUACAAGCCUUUGCUCACGUUUGGCUGGAUAAGAGAACCGUUUACUUGUUUUCAGGGACAGGACAUUUGUCCUCAAUCUCGUUCGUUCAACAAAACACCCUCCCCUACCUCGACAUCACUCUCAUUCUCACUCUCACUCUCGAGCAACUCCUCGCUCAGCAAAGUUGCCGAAUCCACUACCAUCUUGUCUUCUGGACCUUCGUCCUUGGACUUCAAUGGAAUCUGGUACUGACUCAGACGAACGAGAGAACCCCUCUCUGUAUAAGGCUAGAAGAGGAAGGGCAUCAUCUGACACCCGAACAAGCCAACAACACAGUCGGUCCAUGGGCCAAGGGUCAAUAUGAGGAAUGGAACAAAACCAAAACCCACGAUGAAUUCUGGCAUUGGCUCCACGUGAAAUGGGCGCCGGACGCGGCGGAUACAAUCAUCGGAUGCAGACUGUCUGGUACAUGUUCGACUGUCUCUUGCUUUCUGAUUGCCAGAAACUACAGUAUACAAGAUCAAUGGAGCGCUUACUGGACUCUGGAGUCUAUCACUACUUUCCACAAUAUGGCAUACGAGAUCAGAGGUGCCAAUCACGAUGCAUGGGCCAGAGUACGAAGUGAUGUAGGAACUCUGGUGGCAAAAUUCUCAGAUGGCAGCAAUAUUGAGGCACACAAGUUGAAGGACGAGCGCCACUGGAAACUCGCUGGUCAUAUCGUUCUCGGAGUGGCCGCGCUGCUUUCUGCUAUCGGAAUAUUUUUGAGCGCGACUAUCGGCAUAGGCUCAAUGAUAAGCUUAGCAGCCACUCAAAAAGCCCUCGAAGACGCGAUGGUCCCCGAGCAAAUCAGAAUGGCUAGUGCUAGUGCAGGUCUUUUCAAUACUGCAGGUACAACGGCCCUCACUUUUGGCACAGACUUAAUCGACCCCAGCAAAUACGUCUCUACAAUGAAGGGCCUGCUUGACCACUCUCAAAAAGAAAACCAAGAACGAAUAGUGGACAGAUUCGACGCGUACUUGAAGGGCCUGUUUGAGGGCCGUGACCCGAGUCUUCCGUAUCUCGUACAAAGAGGCGCAUACGUCAAGGCGACUCGCGUUCUGACCCCCGAGCACAACAAAGAGCUUGAACAAAGAUGGGCUGCAUCAUACAUCUCUAGCAUCUGGAAUAUUGAGAAGACAUACAUCGUAAUGUCCGAUACUGGAAACUGCAAAAGCGACUCGCGAGGAUACAAGCCCCUGCGAGUAUGCUUGGACGAGGAGCCCGACUAUGUGUUCUACGCUUUUUCGAGGUCGAGAGUUCGAGAGGGAGUAAAGCACAAAGCUCUCGUUCGAGGGCCCAUCGGCCAUGCAAAUCUUCACGCUGUCACCAACUUCACGUUAACUGAUGUCGUACGAGCCUCUCUUGUGUACUCUAGACGCAACGGCUACAGUGUAAGCACUGGAGCCCCAGAGGGAAAGGAGGACAUAGUCGACAGCUUCUUUGGGGCAAAAUCAGUCAAAGAUGGCGGCGUAGCCCAUGGUUUGUUCAACAUUCCUAUACUGUACUCUCCCGGAGGCCAAGCCAUUUCUUCCAUCAACUCCAAAUACAAUCGAAACUAUCCAUGUAUGGCCGCAAGACUCCCAUGGUCAAAGAACAACCACCUCCAGCCACGAGAUGUACAGGGGCCUGACGAAAAGUGGACCGAGAACGACAACACGACGAUGUUCCAGUUCAUGAACGCUACCGGCUUUUGUUCAUCUGAUGAUUGGUGGGAGUACUGUACCGAUGAUGGCUCACACCAUGGAAACCACUGUAAAGGUAACAAAGACAUCAACUGGAGGGGCUUGUUUGGGAAAGAUCAGUAUGACAAGAUCCAACACCCAUUCAAGAGUUGCAAAGCUCGCAAAGGAGAGAAGCAUGGGUUCGUGGGCUGUGAAAGACCUCAUAACGACGGCUACAAACAGAACAAGCCUGGGGACUGCGGUGGCAAGCACAUGGUGGCAGAGGGCACCCGAGGCGGACGACAUGGAUGA